AUGGCUGGCAACGCACCGAAACCAAGAACCAUAGCCGUCUUAGGUUCUCGUGCUGUAGGUAAAUCCUCGUUGACAAUUCAAUUCGUGGAAAACCAUUUUGUUGAUUCUUAUUACCCUACUAUCGAGAAUACUUUUAACAAAGUUAUAAGAUACAGAGGGCAAGAGAUCGCUGCAGAGAUCAUUGAUACUGCAGGUCAGGAUGAACAUUCGAUCUUGAAUUCUACACAUGCUAUCGGAAUACAUGGCUAUAUUUUACCAUCUGUUCCAAUUGUUCUUGUCGGUAAAGAUUUGGCUUUACAAUGGCAUUGCGCAUGGACCGAAGCGUCUGCAAAACAUAAUGAGAAUAUAACUCGAAUUUUUGAACUCAUGAUAAGCGAAAUUGAAAAGAAUCUCAAUCCAAAUGGCGAUGAACAGAGUUCUUGUGUUGUCGUUUGA